AUGGCUCAAUCUCAUCAUCUCUCCGCCAUUUGCCCUUUUCUCUUCUACUCUGCCCUGUUUUUAUCCUGUGUUUAUGGAGCCAGGGAGCUAGCGGAAAUCAACCCUCUCUUGCCACCUGCAUCGCCUUGCUUCACUUCUGCAAAAGGGCAAUUUCAGGGUCUGCAGAUAGUCAACAAAUAUGAACCCUGCUCCUCGCCACUCAGCCUGGAGAAAUCACGACCCAAUCAGGAAGUUCUUCUCCAAGAUCAAUUUAGAGCUCGUUUAUUGGAUUCCCUGGAAGUGGUUGAUGAAUAUGGGGAAGGGAUUCAAUUGCCUCUAACCUCAAGAGGUGAUGGCAACUUUUUAGUAACAGUCGGUGUUGGCACCCCUAAACGUGAUUUUACCUUGCUUUUUGACACAGGAAGCGAUGCCACUUGGAUUCAAUGCGAGCCUUGUUCUGCGGGUUGCAAUCACCAGAUCCCCAUUUUUUAUCCCUCCUCUUCUUCUUCUUUUUCAAAUGCCAUUUGCAAUAUUACUUGUGACUACUCUAUGAACUAUCAUGAUGGGACAUAUUCUAGUGGUUAUUAUGUUGUUGAUACCCUUACCAUACAAUCUGAUCUACAUCCUAACUUCAUCUUUGGUUGUGCUCAGAAAAUUCAUGGAGAUUUUGGUGGAGCAGUUGGGUUGCUCGGCGUUGGUCCUGGAAAUUUAUCUUUAGUGGCUCAAACUGACACGGGCUAUUUUAGAGUCUUUUGUUACUGUCUUCCAGCAUCAGAGAACUCUGCUGGGUAUCUUUCGUUUGGUGUCCAAGCAUUUGAAAAUUGUCAACCUGAUGAAAAUAAGUUGAUACCAAUCUCACUUGGUUUAAACCAAAACGCAUAUAGUUAUUUUGUGACCCUUACAGGCAUAACAAUUGGCCAACAGAGAUUAGACAUAUCUGGCAAUGUAUCUUCACCACUAAAAGCCAUUAUAGACUCAGGAACCUCCAUCUCUCGCCUACCAUUUUCCUUGUAUUCUGCCCUUCGCCAAGCAUUUCGGAGAUUGAUGUCCCAAUACCCUACUGCUUCUCCAUCGCAAAAUUUCGAUACAUGCUAUAACCUUGAGGGGCAAAACAAUUGGACACCACCAAAAAUGGUGCUACAUUUUGAAGGUGUGGAUCUAGAUUUGGACCCAUCAGCGGUUACAUUCAGAGAGAAGGAUAAUAAUGCUCAGGUUUGCUUGGCUUUUAUGGCAAACGAAAAUGAUAGUGACUUAACAAUAAUAGGUAAUCAACAACACCGCGAGAUGAACGUUUUCUUUGACAUCAGUAAUCAAAAGUUGGCAUUUACAAGCGGUGGUUGCUCAAAUUGGUAACCGGCAAAUCAUUGCCAAAAUCCUGCUAGUUACUAUGAGCUAAUCAGCUGAUCCAAUCUGCUCAUUUUGCUUCUGUUUUAUAAGUGUAUUAUAAUAAUUAGUCCUUUCCCAUUAGUAAUGGGUUCACUUGCAUUUUUUUCUCUGUAUUGCCCUUAAUUAAGAA